AUGCGAGGUGAUAAAAGCAGCAACCCACCAUACCAGCCAAGUGGUAGCAAAAACCAUAGUAGCAGACACAGACAUAGUGAGUUCAUGUCGAAUCCAGCAUAUUCCUACCGCCAAGGAGACAAGAUGCUCCACUUCUAUCGCUGGACUUCGCCACCAGGUGUGAUGAAGAUACUUUGUAUCAUCAUCAUCAUCAUGUGUGUGGCUGUGUUUGCCUGUGUGGCUUCAACACUUGCCUGGGACUAUGAUAUGAAUGCCAUUGGUCUUGGCGGUAGUGGCUUGGUGCCAGGCUUUGGUGGCACAUACGGUGGCACAUACGGUGGCUCAUACGGAGGCUCAUACGGAGGCUCAUACGGAAGUAUUGGUGGAGGGAUUGGAGGAGGGAUUGGAGGUACCUACAGUGGCUAUGGAGGAACUACACAAAUGGAUCCUAGAGCUGGAAAAGCCUUCAUUAUCGCCAUUGCCGCCAUCACCUUCAUAGCUGUGCUCGUCAUUUUUGUUUUGGUUGUGUCAAGACAAAGAGCUGCACACUCAUCAAAGUUCUACCUAGCAACAAUCAUCAUCUGUGCCAUCUUGGCAUUUUUAAUGAUCAUUGCCACAAUUGUGUACCUGGUGGCCGUGAACCCCACUGCCCAGUCCACAGGGUCCAUUUACUACAAUCAGGUUCGCCAGCUGUGUGCUCAGUAUCAAAACCAAAACCAGGCCCAGGGUAUCUUUCUCAACCAAUACCUGUACCAUUACUGCGUGGUGGAGCCCCAAGAGGCCAUAGCAAUCGUCCUGGGCUUCCUGGUGUUCAUAGCCCUCAUCAUCCUUCUGGUGUUUGCUGUUAAGACACGUGCCAGCAUUAGGCGCUGGGGCAGAGAUCGUAUUCUAUGGGAAGAGGUUAAAUUUAUCAACGAUGGUCAUAGCGUUGGAGAGUGGGUAAAAAAUGUGUCAGGUGAACCGGAAACACUGGUGAAUGACUAUAAUGAUCAAGUUGGGGCACCUCAAGAUUAUAUAGAUUCAAUGGAGCAAGACAGGCCAAUUUACAUGCCAGGGAAUUCUGAUAUCUCCAGCUCAGUGGACGGCCUAAGGGGCUUGAAAGAUUAUGACACUGGUCCAGAUUUAGGAGACGACUAUGAGGAGAAUUUCAGCAAAUUGUAUCCUUCCAUUAUGGAUGAGGAGGAGCGUCUGACCUACAAACAAGAGUUUGAGCGAGAUUACCAUGAGUACAAGAGAAUUCAAGUUGAGUUGGACAACAUAAACCAGAGCCUCGCUGAUCUGGAUCAAGAACUGGACAAACAUCCAGAAGGCAGUCCACAGUUUAUGGAUGCAAUGGAACAGUACACGAGACUGAAGAAAAUGAAGCAAUCCAAUGACUACCAGAGCAACAAGAAGCGGUGCAAAUAUCUCAGAUCCAAGCUAUCCCACAUCAAGAGGAUGAUCAGUGACUAUGACCAUCGACCUUGA